AUGGACAUCCCAGACUUGACAUGGUUUAAGGUGCUGCUUUUGGUUGCAAAGCACUCCUCUGAAGAUCUGUACAGCAUGGCGGGGACAUGCAAGUUAUUUGUAGAAAUGCUAAAUGAUCCUGAGGUUUGGCGAAUCGUGUCUCUAGAGAAGUACCAGUGGCAUCCUGAAUGGUACGGGUUUUAUCAAGAGAAACUUGUUGAGUUCUUGCAAAAGUGCAAGGAACACAACAAUCCAGAAAUCAUUUACAGAGAAGCUAUGUUUGUGGUUUUAAGUCCUGUUUCUGGUUUGAAGUUCCGAUUCCCGAAGCAGUCAUUCAUUGAAAAUGACAGACACCCAAAUGCCAGGGAGGUUGCGUGUUGUCAAAGCAUGAGGGAUUAUCCUUUCAGUCAGAUCGGGUCUGAGCCAUCCUUGAUCUUCUAA